UUCAAUCCAUCAAUCUCUCUCUCUCUUUCUCCCCAAGCCCAUAAUAGUUCUUCUCCAAUCAAACUCGUGGUUCUUUCGAUCAAUCAGACUCCAUUUUCAUGAAAUGGACGUUAAUGGUAGAACUUGCAGCUCUGCAACUACUCAAAGUGAUGAAGAGAUGGACCUCAGGCGAGGUCCAUGGACUGAUCAAGAAGACCUCAUACUCAUCAAUUACAUUACUACUCAUGGCGAAGGUCGCUGGAACUCCCUUGCUCGACACGCAGGUCUGAAGAGAACCGGAAAAAGCUGCAGAUUGAGAUGGUUAAACUACCUAAGACCAGAUGUUCGACGUGGAAACAUAACCCUCCAAGAACAGCUUUUGAUUCUCGAGCUUCAUUCUCGUUGGGGUAAUCGGUGGUCGAAGAUCGCUCAACACUUACCAGGAAGAACUGACAACGAGAUCAAGAACUAUUGGAGAACAAGAGUUCAGAAACACGCAAAGCAACUCCAAUGCGACGUGAACAGCAAACAAUUUAAAGACACCAUGCGUGAUCUAUGGAUCCCAAGGUUAGUGGAGAGAAUCCAGGCCGCCGCCACUGCUUCAUCUUCAGCCUCCGCCAACUUCACCAUCAACAACAACGUUGCCGCCGGUGGUCCAGUCCUGCCCACUAGCAACAACCACAACUUGGGCUUCGUUCAAGUGAACCCAAGUUUCACGCCGGAAAAUUCCAGCACCGGUGGUUCAUCAGACUCUUUGGGAACCCAAGUUUCUACAAUUUCAGACCUGACCAUCGAUUACUACAAUUUUCCGGCAACCAACACCAAUGGAUUCCAAUCGGGAUCAGCUCAGGUUAGCUACCCAGAUUGCUUAACCAGCCCAAUUUCUGACUUUAACCAUGGAUUGGAUAUCCAAGCUUUUGAGCAGAACAGCAACAACAACAAUAAUGUCUGGUUAGGUGGUGGGGACGUAUCAGAGAAUUUGUGGAAUGCUGAGGACAUUUGGUUUUAUUAGCAUGAGUUAAGAGGAGGAAGAUAGAUUAAAAUUUUCUAAAGAGAAGAAAAGAACAGUUAAUUACCAUUUAAUUGUGGAUUAUCUUUUAAUUUUAUGAUUACCUUGGUUGGGGGUGAAGGGAAUGAAGCAAUAUAUGUACUAAGUACUUGAGUUUAUUACCAAUCUCAUUCUUUUGAUCA